AUGGAUAGACGUUUCAAAAUUCAAGACAAAAAGAUCUUGCUUUUGAUCGAUAAUGCUCUGUCACAUUUCGACUCCCACUACUUGCCAGCCUUAGAAAUCGAACAAAAUGAUGAUGACAAUGCAUCUAAUGAAAAUCAAACAUUCAGAGGCUGUGAUGGUCGUGUUGGUGGAUCAAGAGGUCGUAGUGGUCAUUCAGGAGAUAGUUAUCAUGAUGAAUCAGGCGGUGAAACAGCUGAUGUCAAUCAAAUGAUCGAAGAGCUUGAUAUGAAUGACCCUUCUGCUGCUUUAUUGGCAAAUGAAUUAAACAAUUUCUUCCAAGAAUUGGAAGAAAUCCAGACAGAAGAUAUUUUAAGUGAUGCCGAUAUUAUAAGGUUGGUCCAGGAGGAUGCACGUGAUGAAGAUGAAAGUAGUGACUCCAAAGAUGAUACUUUAGUAUCUCCUGGUGAUACAUCUAAAUCUUUAGAGAUAUGGAUUUCAUUUUACGAGCAGCAAGAUGAUAAUGAAUUUCAUGCAGAAGAUUUAAAGCUUUUUAAAAGGUACUUUAAGAUCAUCAAACGGUUGGAGUAA